AUGCCACCGAAGAGGAGAGUUUCUCACGUUGCUGCCGAAUCGGAUGAAGCAUUCCGUGAGCUUUUUAAACCAGAAUAUAAAGGAAAGAAAUUGACCGAUGAGAUCAACACAGCACAAGAUAAAUGGAAUCUAUUGCCAGCAUUUUUAAAAGUUAAAGGUUUAGUCAAACAACAUUUGGAUUCUUUCAACUAUUUUGUGGAUGUUGAUUUAAAGAAAAUCAUUAAGGCCAAUGAAUUGGUGUUAUCUGAUGUUGAUCCAGAAUUUUAUGUGAAAUAUUUAGAUAUUAGAGUGGGUCAUAAAUCUUCAUCUGCUCCUGGUACUAAGGAGUUAAUCUUACCUCCACAUGAAUGUAGAUUAAGAGAUUUGACUUAUUCUGCACCUAUUUAUGUUGAUAUUGAAUAUACAAGAGGACGUAAGAUUAUUAUGCAUAAAGAUUUGGAGAUUGGAAGAAUGCCAGUCAUGUUAAGAUCUAACAAAUGUCUUUUGGAUGGAUUAGAUGAAACCCAAAUGGCCAGGUUUGAUGAAUGUCCAUUAGAUCCAGGAGGAUACUUUAUUGUCAAUGGUACUGAAAAGGUUAUCCUUGUUCAAGAACAAUUAUCCAAGAAUAGAAUUAUUGUGGAAGCUGAUGAAAAGAAAGGAUUGGUUCAAGCAUCAGUUACUUCUUCCACUCAUGAACGUAAAUCCAAAACAUACGUUAUAACAAAGCACGAUAAAAUUUUUUUAAAGCAUAAUUCCAUUAGUGAAGAUAUUCCAAUUGUUAUUGUAUUGAAAGCAGCUGGUAUAACAUCCGAUUUAGAAAUUUUGCAAUUAGUAUGUGGUAAUAAUCCCUCUUAUCAAGACCUUUUUGUUGUUAAUUUUGAAGAAGCUGCACGUUUAGAAGUAUUCACCCAACAGCAAGCAUUAAACUAUGUUGGUAAAAGAGUGAAAACCAUUAGAAGAGCCGGUGCACCCAAAUUGUCACAAUUACAAGAAGGUAUCGAAGCCAUUUCUACAACUAUCAUUGCCCAUUUAACAGUUUCAGAUUUACAAUCUAGAGAAAAGGCACUUUAUAUUGCCACUAUGGCCAGACGUGUUGUGAUGGCUAUGGAUAAUCCAAAAAUGGUAGAUGAUAGAGAUUAUGUUGGGAACAAGAGAUUGGAAUUAGCUGGUCAAUUGAUGUCUUUAUUAUUUGAAGAUUUAUUCAAGAAGUUUAAUUCUGAUUUCAAAGCCAAUAUUGAUAAGAUUUUGAAAAAACCAAGUAGGACCUCUGAAUUCGAUGCUUUGUUGUCCAUUAAUAUCCAUUCAAAUAAUAUCACUAUGGGUUUAAAUAGAGCCAUUUCAACAGGUAAUUGGUCCUUAAAACGUUUCAAGAUGGAAAGGGCAGGUGUUACCCAUGUUUUAUCAAGAUUAUCAUACAUUUCAGCAUUGGGUAUGAUGACUCGUAUUUCAUCCCAAUUCGAAAAAUCGAGAAAAGUUUCUGGUCCAAGAGCAUUACAACCUUCUCAAUUUGGGAUGUUAUGUACUGCUGAUACUCCAGAAGGGGAAGCGUGUGGUUUGGUUAAAAACUUGGCAUUAAUGACUCAUAUUACAACUGAUGAUGAAGAACUACCCAUUAAAAAAUUAUGUCUUAUUUUGGGUUGUGAACCUAUUUUACGUAUAGAUUCAGCAACUUUACAUAAUGAAGGUAAUUUUGGGAUCUAUCUUAAUGGUACAUUGGCGGGUACUACUAGAUUCCCGGCAAGAUUUGUUUCUGAUUUCCGUCGUUUAAGAAGAGCUGGGAAAGUUUCAGAAUUUGUUUCUAUUUAUACAAACACCCAUCAACAAGCAGUUCAUAUCGCCACUGAUGGUGGUAGAAUUUGUCGUCCACUUAUUAUUGUAGAGAAUGAUGUACCAAAAGUUACUGCUGAACAUUUAUUAAAAUUAAGAAAGGGAGAAUGGGCUUUUGAUGAUUUCUUACAUCAUGGAUUAGUUGAAUAUUUGGAUGUCAAUGAAGAAAAUGAUUCAUUGAUUGCAUUAUACGAAUAUGGCAUUCAAGAACAUCCAAGUGGAAGUGUUACCCAUUUGGAAAUUGAACCAUUUACAGUAUUGGGUGCAGUUGCCGGUUUGAUUCCAUAUCCCCAUCAUAACCAAUCACCAAGAAAUACAUAUCAAUGUGCGAUGGGUAAGCAAGCUAUUGGUGCUAUAGCCUAUAAUCAAUUCAGAAGAAUUGAUACAUUGUUAUACUUCCUGGUAUAUCCUCAACAACCUAUGGUUAAGACCAAGACAAUUGAAUUGAUCAAUUAUGAUAAAUUACCAGCUGGUCAGAAUGCUACUGUUGCAGUCAUGUCUUAUUCCGGUUAUGAUAUUGAAGAUGCUUUGGUAUUGAACAAAGCAUCCAUUGAUAGAGGGUUUGGUCGUUGUCAAGUUGUUCGUAAGAAUACUAUUCAAUUAAAGAGAUAUCCUAACCACACCAAAGAUAUUCUUUCUGGUAUGAGAGUUGAUGAGGAUGGAAAUGCGAUUUUCCCCCAUCAAGCAUUAGGUCCAGAUGGAUUAGGUGAAGUUGGCGCAAGAAUUGAGAAUGGUCAAGUAUAUGCCAAUAAAUGUGUUCCUACAAAUGCUGGGGAAUCUUCAUUAGGAGGUCAUCCUGACCAAAUGGCAAAUGUUGAAAGUCAUAGAGAAACUCCUGCUUAUUAUAAGGGUCCUGAACCAUCAUAUGUCGAUCAAGUAAUGAUGUCCGUUAGUGAUAAUGAUCAAGCAUUAAUUAAAGUGUUGCUUAGACAAACUAGAAGACCAGAAUUGGGUGAUAAAUUCUCUUCUAGACAUGGACAAAAGGGUGUUUGUGGUAUUAUUGUCCAACAAGAAGAUUUACCAUUUAAUGAUCAAGGGAUUUCGCCUGAUAUUAUUAUGAACCCACAUGGUUUUCCAUCUCGUAUGACGGUUGGGAAAAUGAUUGAAUUGAUCUCUGGUAAAGCAGGUGUCUUGAAUGGAAGUUUGGAAUAUGGGACAUGUUUUGGAGGUUCUAAGUUGGAAGAUAUGUCUAAGAUCUUGGUUGAAAAAGGAUUUUCAUAUUCAGGGAAAGAUAUGUUAUAUUCUGGUAUUACUGGAGAAUGUUUACAAGCAUAUAUUUUCUUUGGUCCAAUUUAUUAUCAAAAAUUGAAACAUAUGGUUUUAGAUAAGAUGCAUGCCAGAGCAAGAGGUCCAAGGGCCGUGUUAACAAGACAACCUACAGAAGGUAGAUCAAGAGAUGGUGGGUUAAGAUUGGGAGAAAUGGAAAGAGACUGUGUUAUUGCAUACGGUGCUUCCCAAUUGUUGCUAGAAAGAUUAAUGAUUUCAUCUGAUGCAUUUGAAGUUGAUAUUUGUAAUAAAUGUGGUUUAAUGGGUUAUAAUUCUUGGUGUACUACAUGUAAGAGUUCCGAAAAUGUUAUCAAGAUGACUAUUCCAUAUGCUGCAAAAUUAUUAUUCCAAGAAUUAUUGUCAAUGAACAUUGCACCUAGAUUAAGAUUAGGUGAUGUCUUUUAG